GAUAAUUGCACCGCACAUUGCAGUAAAGAUAAGUUUCAAGUGGAUGACGCAGAAAUUCAGGUGAUCUUCCUUCCUCCAAAUGUGACAAGCAUUCAUGCCUAUGGAUCAAGGCAUCAUCAAUGCUUUUAAGGUUAUCUACAAAUCGAAUUUUCUGCGCCGUGUUCUGUUGGAAACUGACAGCGAUUGUCCAGUCACAGAAGUUAUCAAAUCAUUUAGCCUUUAUGACGCUAUUCAACUAGCGACUGAUGCGUGGGCCACUAUAACUCCAGAAACGAUUGCUAACUGUUGGCGCAAUCUCUUAAGUGUCAGUCAAGAUCAAAACUAUAACUCGUUCAACGAUUUCACAAUUUCAUCACCAACAAGUGACCCCCGCGUGUUGCUUUCUAAAGUAGUGCAACUCGUUGAUCCAAACUACGUACUGACCGAAGAAGAAGUUCAAGAAUGGCUAAGCAACUCAGACAACAUAGAUGUAGCGCAAAUAUAUACCGACGAGCAAUUGACCCAGUAUAUUGCCUCUGGUGGUGACUUUUUCGAGGCCGACCAUGAAGAGCAAGAUUGCGAUGCUAACGAAAGUGCUGAGGGUGAUCUUAGUACUUCGGGUUAUAUGUACUCUUGGAGCAGUCAAUCCGAAAAACGCAAUGAUUAUAAGAAGGCUAUCAGCAUCAUGGAUGUACUUAAAAAUGUUCUUAUUGCUGUUGGUGAUGACCAUAAAUUAGUGGAAGUCGAAAAAUGGAAAAACGAAUAUGAAAAUGAAAUUAUUCGCCUUCUUGGCGAAUAA